GGGAGUUUCAUAAAGUUGAAAUUUUGGUCGUUGUGAACUGGCGUUGUGUUGGAAGUUAUUGUUUCGAUGUUUGGAGUGUUUUUGUGUAAUACUUUAAUAUUACGUUAAACUGAAGAAUGCACAGAUAAGUAAUAUUUGUGAACUGGUUAAUAGAGAAGAAAAUAUAAAAACUUAAAGUUAAGCUACCAACGCAAAUGUACGUGAGUGAUAGUCUACGACUCGAACUUCGAAGUACGUUCGUUAGUUAGUCAUCCGAGCUUCUGGGACUUUCACUGGCCUUUGUACAAAUUUGUGACAUCACUACAAUAGAGUAGUUUUAUAACUAUUAUUUGUACUAUAUUAGCAGAGUUAAGCGUUUGCUGAAUGCUGGUUUACACGGUUUUCUCUGCUUCGAUAUAGUAAAGUCUAAAUUCCUAAUUUUAUUGACAUUGAAAUCCUACUAUAUAGUAUACUAUUACUGGCAUUGACAUUAGCAACACUGCGAAUCAGUGCGAUAGAUAGAAUUCCAGAAACAACAAACAUGGAAAGUGACAUCGAUCCUUUUACAAAGAAGCUUUUGGAAAGAACUCAAGCUCGCCGUGAGAACUUAAACAAAAAAAUUGCCCAAAUGUCGGAAGCAAAUUCAAGGAAACGACGUACACCAUUAACGGAAGAAAUUCCCUCUAGCCAGUUUUUGAAUAACGACGGAGCUGUCCCGCAAGAUGAGUCACCAAAAAGACAAUGUGUUGAUUCACCAAAAGAGAAGUUUGAAAACUACAGUAAGGAAACCCCUGCUAUUCAAGUUGAAGAUGUUGAGAAAGAGAAUGCACCACAGGAUGAGGGGAGUGAAGAAUUUGCAGUAAGUGACACAUUACAAGGAGUGCGGGGACUAGCAGCUUUGAGAAGAAAAAAAUUAGAAAGUGAAUGUAUGGAAGUGGAUUCCCAACCUUCCUCCGUAGUACCUGUACAAUUUGUAGCUGAGCAUGAGGUAGCUAUUCCUUCUGUCAGUUCUCAUCCUUCUGCCAGUAGUCGUAGUGCUCGUUUAGCUGCUCUUGCUAACCAGAUUAACAAUUGGGAGGAUGACGACUCCUACCAUUUCCCAUCAAAACGGUUUGGUGACAAUAUCACAACUUUUAUGAAGCCUGUUGAUGAAACUAAUGCUAAUAACACAACUAACUUUUCUUCUUCCAAAACUGUUACUAACAGUAAUUCUACUAAUAACACUAAACUUGUAACUGAAAAAUCCUGUAUGGCUAAAAAUGGGGCAACUUCAUCAACAACAUUGAUACCUAAUGUUAAUACCACUAACGCUUCUCUUGAUCAGAAUAACAAGUCUGCUUCCCUUCCUUGGAGUAAGACUUCACCCUCUAAAGCUGGUAAGGUCUCAGGUGGUGGACAGAACCCCAAUACUCAUUCUAGUGGGUUUGCCAUCUUUAACAGCAAAGCAGGUGUCCAGGAGGUAGGGAAAAGGAAGACUGUCCAAAAGCAUGAGCAGCAGGUGAGAAAAGUGGAAAUUUGGGAUCGUGCUGUUAUUUCAGCACUGGAAGCUCAAGGGUUUACAAAAUCUCCUUCUGCAUCCAAGAUCAACUAUAACUUUAAUAAAGAAAAUAAGGCAGUUAUCAAGGAGCAAACUAUUCAAGAAAACACUUCCAAGAUUCCAAAUAAUGAGAAGACUAUUGGAGAGAAACCACCUACUCCUUCUUUUAAAAGUUCUGCUUCUCUUGUUCUUUCCAAAAAUACCGAAGUUGAUUCUCAAAGGAGUGAGGAUGGUAAAUUAAAGUGUCCACCUAAACCACUACCGACUAGCUCCCAGCCAUCACAGGAGCCAAAGAAGAAUAUUGAUCCUUCAGAUCUUCCCCUGUCAGCACGAAGAGCAUUGUUUGAAAAGGCCAUGCGAGAUGGAAACAGUAAAGCUCAACAAGAGCUUAGCAAUCCAGAGACCCUCUCCGUGGCUGCAAGAGCUGCCUUGUUUGAUAAGAGUAUGUCAAAAGCUUCUCAGCCAGUCAAGAGUACUGUAACCAGUUCCAGACCAGCGACUUCAAUGACACAGAGUAAGCAAGUCAGUCAGCCAACACUACAGACGACGAAAGCUGUGUCAACCUCCGAAACAGCAACUAAACCUAAUUCUCCUGUGAAAUCGGUGUUGAGUACGAGUAGCACUAACAGUAACAAGUCCAGCUUAGUUGAAUCUCCAACCUCAAGUGCAAGUUCACUUGCUUCACCGGGUAAGAAUGUGGGGAUGAACACUAGACAGGUGCAAGAACAACUCUUGCAGAAAGCUCAGAAUGACUGGAGAGGAAAUGAAAUUUCUGCCAAAACCAAAGAAGAGAGAAGGCGAGAAAUGACUGCUCUAAUGAAUCGUUGGGAAAGGGCUUCCUCCUCCUCGACUUGUUCGGAGACUACAAACGUUGAUAAUCCUAAUAAGCUUACUGACACCAACAAACCCCAAUUUCUACCAAGUGAGUCAUCCGAUGUAGGGAAUGAUGUUCCAGAUGAUGUCUUUCAGGCAGAAGAUUUAAAUAGCUCAGAGAGUGAGGCCAGUGACAUAAUAAGCGAGCCUGAAAAUGUUCCUGGUCCUGCCACAAGUACGUGUCAUUUUCGUGAACCUGAAGAAAACACUUGUGAAAAAAUGAACCAAGAAGAAGAUGAUGAUGAUGAAGCAGACUUGACUGGAGAAGCUGCAGCUGUCUGUGCUGAAAUUGAUGAACUGUUAGAUGAGGCUCUGGAUGAAGAAGAUGAAAAGGAAAAAGAAGAAAAAGAAUUUGGAACUUUUGAUACAAAUGUGUCUGAGAAACAGGUCUCAGUCCAUCAAAAUGGGGAUUCUUCUUCCUAUACUCCCCAGCCACCCCCAAAAAAAACCUGUGCAGUCACCUGUACCAACUUCAGUCUAUGACAAUGGAAAUGAAGUUCCAUUGCUUCACACUAUCAGCUUCUACAGAAGACAGGCUAAACAGGAGAUAAAGACUACACCAAUUCGUAGUGUUGUAAGGAGGGAAGAGGUCUGUAGUCCUCCCACUCCUGAAAAGGCCGAU